UUUUAUUCAAUACUGUAACAUGAGGAUUCAAUAGAUCUUUAAUUAAUCUACUUGUAUAAAUAAUAUUUUGAUUAUAUUUUAAUCAAUAAGACACAACAAUCGAAUUUGCGUAAAAUAUAAGUUGAAAAAUUUGCGUACCAAGGGAUCGAACUUUUGCGUUGCAGUCUAACAGUCUUAAGACUAGAUUAUUCUUAGUAAUGUAAAUUUUAAAUGGGAUGAAUGCAGAUUUAGGAUGAUUUUCGUCAAAAGGUAAAUGCUUUUCUAGCGAAGCCGCUAUUUAAUCGAUACACCAAAUUAUAAUAGUUGCAAAUUUCAUGAAAAUUUCACAAAUUUGCAUUUUUACCUACAAGGACUAUAAUAGCGCUCUCAAAAUGUAUGUGACGUCCAAGCAAGGACAGUUAUUUAACAAUCAGAAAUACAAUUUUAUGGUUUAAUUAAAACUUUUCUUACUUUUAUACAAUUUUUUUUUCUGUGCACGCACGUUUGUGAAACUCUUUACUCAUUAACAUUGGACGAGUUCAACCAAUUCACAUCUUGAAAAAUCAAGUAAACGCUUAUUUAAACAUUUUAAAUAAUACGUUAUUGUGGUUACUUUUUCGCCUCCUACGUUUUUAUACAUAUAUUAUUAGUAUUAUACAUAUAUACUUUAACUUCACAUCCCCUACCCAAACGUCGCCCUUUGUACAUAUGUUAGUAAAAUUUAUAUCUGUAUUGUUGUGUGUUAUUUUUUAAUGUACCAUAAAUUUUAUAUUCGAAUAUUAAAUAAACCCUUUGUUACAAAUAUGUAAGUAUAUAAAUGUAAUACUCUUUUUAAGUAAUGAUUUUAGAAAAUAAUGUCACUAACGAACAGUGAAUACGGUCCUUUAUACCAAAGGUGCGCGCGAAUCAUCCACAUCACAGCAAUUGACGGACAAUAGCAGGCAGGCAGUCAGUCCCGCGCAGACCGCCCGCAUGCCCACAACGCGUAGCCUCCUCUCUUCGCGCUGGUUCCGCUCACGCCGCGCCCCGCGGUUAGACGAGCCUGAUGACACCACCGGAAACCAACCCCAGAACAUGGACCGAAGGCCGCGUGUCGCACGUGUUCUCAGCUCCCCUGCACGUGCGCAGACUGCGCCACUCGAUGAGGAAUCCCUCGAAAGGGCCUUUCCAUCCAUGGGUCACCUUGAAUAUGUUCUCGCUGGAUCUUCACCACCGGCCGAAAGCGCCCCUAAUAUGUACGAUAGCUUCGAGGAACCCCCAUUGGACCUAACUGCGCACAUAUGCGCUGAUUCACUACGUCAGAGUGCUUACGAACAAAUGCGAGCAGUCGGCGGACGACUAAGACUGCUCGACGAAUUGGAAUCCGGCGUCAUAACAAUAGACACCGCUGUUAACACAUUUACAACAGCAUCUGAAGCCGAGAGAAAUGUAUGUUUAUUUUGGGUCGCCUAUCUCAAGUAUGAGCAUUUUUUACAACCGCUGGUCGAAGCUGGAGCUGACCCGUUAUAUUUCGACGCGCUCGGUCUGUCUCCAUUACACGCGGCCGCAUUUAGUGGUUCGACGGAGUGCGCCAAUUAUUUAUUGUCUUGUGGAGCGGAUCCUAAUUACAUGCCGAGAUGCUUUGUACCGCUUCAUUGUGCUGCGUUCGGGAAUUCUGUACAAGUGGCUAAUUUACUGAUUAAUCGUGGUGCCUCAGUCCACGCGGCUGUAAAAUAUAUCAACUGUGAAGGAGGCUUACUGCAUUGUGCUGUACGAGCUAAUUCUGUUGACUGUCUGAAACUAUUUAUAUCACAUGGAGUAGACGUAAAUCAAAUAGAACCAGGCGGUACUAAUGCAAUUCAUCUCGCCGCUGAUCUCGGGAUGAUUCAGUGCCUUGCAAUAUUGAUAGAGACGCCUGGAGCCGAUCCUAACGUAAGAACGAGAGUGGGUGAUCGGGAAUCAACGGCUCUCCAUUUAGCAGCUGACGGUGGCUUCGUUGAAUGUGUUGAUUUACUACUAAACAAAGGUGCAGACGCCAGCUUAAAGAAUCAUCGAGGGUUUACCGCUUUACAUCUUGCCGCACGCUCUUCAUGUCUUGAAUGCGUGGAAUCAUUGCUUAGGAAAGGAAACGCCGAGCCUAAUUCAAUGGAUUUUGAUAAAAGAACUCCACUUCACGCCGCCAUAGGGAAGUCUGAUAGUGCCUGUGACAUAAUUGAAACCUUAAUAAGUUGGGGAGCAAAUGUCAAUCAAAAGGACGAGUAUGGUUUCACACCCCUGCACUUAGCUGCACUUGAUGGUCUCUCUGCUUGCGUGGAGACAUUAAUUUAUCACGGUGCUGAUGUAACAACGCGAUCUAAAAAAGGUAACUCAGCACUUAAUGUAAUCGCCAGAAAGACACCUGCGUCACUUGCGAUGAUAACAAGGAAGUUGGACUGUGCUAUCACUUUACACCACUCACAAACCAGUAACCGAGAGGUUGAACUUGAACUCGACUUCCGUAGCAUACUUCAGCAUUGUUACCCUCGAGAAAUAAGUUAUCUUAAUACAUUUGUGGAUGAAGGCCAGAAGGAAGUACUUCUACACCCUCUUUGCUCGGCCUUCCUGUAUAUAAAAUGGGAGAAAAUUCGUAAAUAUUAUGUCGCCCGGCUAUUUUUAAGCUUCAUAUUCGUUCUUUGUUUAACUUUGUAUGUAUUAACUGCGCUCGCGCAUAAUUGCUAUAAUGGAAGCAAAGACAUGGAAGAAACAAUACAAGAACAAGAACUGUGUCAAAAACAAUCCAUACUUGGAGAUUUACUUAGAAAAAAUCCGUUCGUAAUAGAAAUGCAAUGGUGGGUGCUAGCAGGCAUAACAAUUUUCGAAAUAUUCAGGAAGGUUUACGGCAUCGCUGGCUAUUCGACAGUUAAACAGUAUUUAAUGCAAUCAGAAAAUAUUAUUGAGUGGUUUGUUAUCGUAAGUGUGUUCUUAAUAUCAUAUAUUUAUACAAAUAUAACAUACACGUGGCAAAAUCACGUGGGGGCUUUCGCAGUUCUCGCGGGAUGGACGAAUUUAAUGAUGAUGAUCGGUCAGUUACCAGUUUUUGGAACUUACGUUGCAAUGUAUCAGAAAGUACAAAAAGAAUUCGCGAAACUAUUGAUGGCAUACUCAUGUAUUCUUAUCGGAUUCACAAUAAGCUUUUGCGUGAUAUUUCCUGAUUCGUCAUCGUUCGCAAAUCCUUUUAUGGGUUUUAUAACAGUCUUGACAAUGAUGAUCGGCGAACUAAAUUUGGAUUUGUUAUUAAACGAGCCAGACGGCAACGAUCCGCCGGUCUUGUUGGAAUUUUCUGCACAAAUAACAUACGUUCUUUUCCUCAUGUUCGUCACCGUUGUGCUUAUGAAUUUGCUCGUGGGUAUAGCGGUUCACGAUAUACAGGGAUUGAGAAAAACUGCUGGCCUUUCAAAACUCGUGAGACAAACCAAACUAAUAUCCUAUAUGGAACUGGCGCUGUUUAAUGGUUACUUGCCAAAAUGUCUCCUGAAGAUAUUACAUUCGUCGGCCCUUGUAUCACCGCAAGCUUAUAGAGUAGUUUUGAGUGUGAAACCGUUGAAUCCCAGUGAGAAACGACUCCCAAGAGAUAUAAUGAUGGCAGCAUACGACAUUGCAAAAAUGAGAAAACAAUAUGGUCACACAAUAUCAUCAAAUGGUUCGACUACAGGGGCGUAUUCGUGCUUCAAAAAAUACGAGAAUAACAAUGAUUCUGGCUACCGGGAGUAUGGUUAUUCGUCAGGCUUAGGAAGCCUUCAGGCGAGGUUGGAUGAAACUUCAGAAAAUGUUCGACAGUUGACACAGGAGGUGAAAGAGUUAAAAAAGCUUAUCAGUGCACAGCAGCUUGUUAUACAACAAGCCCUGUCAGGCGCAAUCGACAACCGUUGAUGAUAUAAUAGGCCGUUUAUAUUUCAAUGCCAGCGGUACAAGUCAAUAAACUAUGAGGAACGGUUAUUGUAUAUUUACGUUUAGAUUUGUGGACGGUUAAGAACUUAAAUUGUAAACGAUUUUUUGUAUUCGCAUUUGAAUGUUGUCGAGUAAAUUAUGUUUAAAACGAUGAGCUGUGAUCGAAAAUGAGAUAGUGCGUAAGGGUUUUGUGAUAUAAUUUAUCAUGAUAAUAAAUUUAUUUUUCAUAA